UCACUGGUCUAGUGAUUCUGCUUGAAUUUAUUUAUUAAAAAAAAAAAAAAAAAAAAAAGUAAGUAAGUAAGAUGGUGGAUUUGAUCGUAAGUGAUCCUCAGGCUACAGGAGCUACAUCUACAUCUGUGGCUCGUGAAGUUGUGAUUGUUCAAAAUGUAACAGAUAACUCAAGCUUUGGCGUCAAGCUUGAUGGCACAAAUUAUCAGUUAUGGCACAGGCUUAUGAAGAUCCAUAUUCAAGGGAUUGGAAAGUGGAGUUAUGUUAUUGGUAGCACUGCAAGACCUGCUGCAGGACCAAAAGCUGAUGAAUGGGACACAGCAAAUACUAACGUGAUGGGAAUUCUUCUAAAAGCAAUGACUCCAGAGACAUCACUACCUACAGGAGUGAGCAAGAUAAGAUGCGUGUUCAUGUCUUUCUUGCUGGUCUCGAUCCUCAUUUCGAAGGGGCAAAGAAUGAGUUAUUGCGUCUUGCAACUCCUCCAACGUUGGAGCAAGCCUUUGCUUAUAUUCGAAAAGAUGAAGCCAACAAAGUUGCUGCCAAGGGACUUCAUACUGACAUUUCAGUUUUAGCAGUCCAGGCUAGAUCACCUCAAUCUUCGUCUCCUCAGUAUGGGAGUUCAUCUCAUAUCCCAUCUCUAAAUCACUAUCGACCUCGGAGCCAGGUGUACCAACAGAAUCAGAAUUAUAGCCGAGGGCUGGUUCCGGUUAAUAACCAAAUGACUUGCAACUAUUGUAAGGAAGUUGGUCAUUUCAAGAAUGAAUGCCCUAAGCUGCGAAGGUUUAAUUCGAACAAUUCCGGUUGGAGAGGAGGAAGUAAUACUGGAGGAAGUAGAGGUCAGAGAGGCAAAGCAGCAAUCCAAAUGGUGCCAGAACCUGAUUUCUAUGGUGUCGAAGGGCGAGACCUCUCUAAGGAAUCUAUGCAAUCGGGUGAUCAUGGGCAAGGGAGACCUGAGGGGGAGACUGUUUCAUUUGGAUUGCAUGUACGCAGGACAAACACAAGAACCAGAACAACCUUUAGCCCUGACAUCGAGUUCUGAUCGACUGAGUGAGUUAUGGUUGUGGCACAGGCGUUUGGGUCACCCAUCGUUUGGAGUUAUGAAGAAGUCCAUGCCUUCGUUAUUUUUGGGAAUAAGUGAUUCUAGCUUGCAUUGUGAAACUUGUGCUUUGGCUAAGAGUCAUAGGUCUAGUUAUCCUUCGAGCUUUCAUUCUAGUACUAUGCCUUUUGAGUUAAUUCAUUCAGACUUGUGGGGUCCUUCUAAACAUUCUACCCUUUCUGGAAUGCGAUAUUUUGUGUUAUUCAUCGAUGACUUUACCCGAUUAUCUUGGGUGGUUCUACUUAAGUCCAAAGAUUCUGUCUUCUCUGCCUUUACAGCAUUUCAUAGUCUUGUUCGUACUCAAUAUGAUGCUCAUGUUAAGGUUUUUCGUUCCGAUAAUGGGGGUGUGUUUAUUAAUCAUUCUUUUCAUGAAUAUUUCCAACACCAUGGCAUAAUCCAUCAAACUUCCUGUCCACAGACACCAGAGCAAAAUGGGGUGUCUGAACGGAAAAAUCGUCACCUUUUGGAUAUGGCUCGAUCUCUUUUGCUUAGUGCUAACAUGCCUAAGUACCUCUGGGGAGAAGCUGUUUUGUGUGCUUCUCAUCUUAUCAAUCGCCUUCCAUCUGCUCCUCUUCAAGGUUGUGUCCCACUUGAGGUCUUGUCUAACUAUGUUUCUAUCCCAUCAUCUAAUACCCUUCCUGCUCGUGUCUUUGGUUGUGUUGCCUAUGUUCAUUUGUAUAAAAAUCAAAGGACAAAAUUGGAUGCUAGAGCCCUUAAGUGUGUGUUUGUUGGGUAUGGGUCUCAUCAGAAAGGUUACAAAUGUUAUCACCCUCAAUCCCAGAAGUUUUAUGUCACCAUGGAUGUUACUUUCAGUGAAGAUGUUUGUUAUUUCUUGCCUCCUGUGACUCCUAGUAAGGGGGAGAAGUCUUGUUAUUAUGAAGAUUUGUCUAAUAGGCAAAAUGAGUGUCUGGCAUAUGAGUUCUCAGAGUUGGAGGACCCAUCGUCUAAUAUUGAGAAGGAAAAUAGGGAAAACAGGGGUUCAUCCAGAGAAGAAGCUUUGAGCAAUGUAUUACCAACUGGUCAACCGGAUCAGUCUGACCAGUCGGCUGGGGAGACAAUUUUUGAUCAAGUGGAGGAUGAGGUUCUACCGUCUUCAGAUGGUGUUUUAGACAAUGCUUCAGUCUCUCCCUCCUCUUCAACGGUCUCACCUGCUCAAUCAUCACCCGAGGUAUGUCCCAAUCCUUCCUUGUCUAAAAGUCCUUUUGUGUCAGGUAGUGUUCCUACCAAAACCUUACCCAGUCGUUCAACCCGUGGUCAACCUCCGAAACACUAUGAACCUACUCUAAGUGCUAAGACUAAAUACCCUGUUGCUAAUUAUGUGUCGACCCAUAGGUUAUCUAAACCAUAUGUAGCCUUUGUGAAUCAAUUAUCUUCUGUGUCUCUUCCUAGUAAAGUGCAGGAUGCCAUGAAGGAUGAGAAGUGGAUGAAAGCAAUGACAGUCGAGAUGGAUGCUCUUGAGAAGAAUUGUACGUGGGAGUUGGUGUCAUUACCACCAGGGAAGAAGACAGUUGGUUGUCGGUGGGUGUAUACAGUGAAACAUAAUUCGGAUGGUUCAGUGGAUCGGUACAAGGCGAGAUUAGUGGCUAAAGGGUAUACUCAGAAGUAUGGAGUGGAUUAUGAUGAGACAUUUGCACCAGUGGCCAAAAUUAACACAAUUCGGGUACUUCUCUCAUUAGCUGCUAAUCUUGAUUGGCCUUUGCAACAGUUUGAUGUUAAGAAUGCAUUCUUGCAUGGUGAUCUGCAUGAAGAAGUUUAUAUGGAUUUGCCUCCUGGAUAUGGUACUUCCACUGGAGAGCAGGUGGUGUGCAAAUUGAAGAAGUCGCUUUAUGGCUUGAAGCAGUCUCCCAGAGCUUGGUUUGGCCGGUUCACCAAGUUCAUGAAGAAAAUUGGGUAUCGACAGAGCAAUUCAGAUCAUACCUUGUUUCUUAAACAUCGGUGUGGUAAAGUGACUGCCUUGAUUAUCUAUGUUGAUGACAUGGUUGUGACAGGUGAUGACAUUGAGGAAAUUCAAAGGUUACAAGGUCAGUUGUCCUCUGAAUUUGAGAUGAAAGAUUUGGGUAAUUUGAAAUAUUUCUUAGGAAUUGAAGUUGCUCGUGGCAAGGAUUGUAUUGUGUUGAGUCAGAGAAAGUAUGUCCUAGACUUGCUGGCAGAAACAGGUAUGCUUGAUUGUAAACCGGCUGCUACUCCUAUCGAGCAGAACCAUCGGUUAGCAGAGUAUAUAGAUCAAGUACCUACAAAUAAAGGGAGAUACCAGAGGUUAGUUGGACGGUUGAUUUAUUUAUCCCACACUAGACCAGAUUUAGCUUAUGCAGUUAGUGUGGUGAGUCAGUUUAUGCAUAAUCCCAGUGAAGCCCAUAUGGAUGCUGUAUUUCGUAUUUUGCAGUAUUUAAAGUCUGCUCCAGGGAAGGGAUUAAUUUUUUCAAAAUUCAGUCACUUGGAUGUUUCCGGAUAUACAGAUGCAGACUGGGCAGGUAAUAUUACAGAUCGCAGGUCUACUUCGGGCUACUUCACAUUUGUGGGUGGUAAUUUGGUUACUUGGAAGAGCAAGAAACAAAAGGUGGUGGCUCGCUCCAGUGCAGAAGCAGAAUAUAGAGGAAUGGCCCGAGGACUUUGUGAGAUGUUGUGGUUGAGAAAUUUGUUGAGAGAUUUGGGGUUCAUGCAAAAAAAGGCUAUGCCGCUUUAUUGUGAUAAUAAGGCUGCAAUUGAAAUUGCUCAUAAUCCAGUUCAACAUGAUCGUACGAAACAUGUAGAGGUAGAUCGACACUUCAUUAAAGAGAAGCUGGAUGCACAGGUCAUUUUGUUUCCCUUCGUUCCUACUGAAGAGCAAUUGGCGGAUAUUCUUACAAAGGCUCUAUCGAGUAAAGCUUUUUAUGACUCACUUGACAAGUUGGGCAUCCGUGAUCUGUAUGCACCAACUUGAGGGGGAGUGUUGGACAGACAAAGGUGGCAGACAACCCCGAAAGGCUGGCAGACAACCCCGAAAGG